AUGGAGGAUCAAGAAAUCGAAGUGCUUUUCGAAUACCUUAAAAGGGAGCCGGAGAUGUACCGGAUUUUGCAAAGGUUCGUGAGCAGGACUGUUCAGUUUGAACAGUCGCUCAUAGAAAGGAUGGCGGAGGCGGGGUGGAGGUUGGGGGAACUGGUAGGGCAGAGUGCCCAGCCAGCAAUGGAAGAGGACCCGGUACCUCAGGAACCGGAAUUUAACGAAGAAGAGGCAGAGUGGGCUCCUCUGCCUGAAAAUGAAAAUGGUGAUGAGGCCGAGAACUGGCCAUCAGAAGCAGAGUGA